UCACAUUUGAAACAAAACUGUUUUGCCGUUUGCGAGAUUUUUGUUUUUAAAUAAAUUUAAUUAAAAUCAGGAAAACUACGUGUAUAAAACACGUUUUCAGCAAACGCGUGAAAAUGAAAGUAUCAGUGCCGAGAUAUUCAACAUGUCUUGUGUUUCAAAUGCUAUUUAUGUGUUGCGAUUUAUUAUUCAACUGUUGGAGUCUGUUCCCGAAGAGUCGAGGGGGAUUGCUUCUUUUGUUCUUCUUUCAGGACCUUUGUCUCGUGUUGGCUAUAACAUCCAUACUGAUCUCUUUCUUCUCAACAUAUUUAUUUCAAGCUGGUCUAAUCGAAGUGCUGAUCCGCAAGUUCCGCGUGGCCGGCGCGGUGACGCUCGCCUACUUCCUGGUCUCCAUUGCACUACAGUCGGCAUGGAUCAUCGAGAAGUGGGAGGAGUCGGAGUCCAUCUCUAAGCCGCUCGUGAUGGUGCUGUUCACAUUGCAGCGCUGCAUGGCCCCCGGCUACUACUUCUUCUACAAGCGCGCGUCCCUGCUGGUGUCGGACCCGCGCUUCUACGAGGACAUCGACUGGAUCAACCAGAACAUCGCGCACUAGACCACACCCGCGACAACUUCACUCGCGACUCGCUUGCUAGCUGCCAACGAUAGGGUUGCCACCCGAUGACUUUCUGCGACAUGGGCGCUUGUGUUGCCAACUCUUCUUUGUUUUCGUUUAACGUUCGGCGAAUUUGUGAAAGGGACUUUAAACUUUAAGCUUUGCGGAUUAGUUGUAUUUCGGUGCUGUGCUUCUAUGCGGACUAAUUAAUUAAAAUGAGUCCAUUGUAGUUAAAGGAGAGGUGGUGAAACAUAUUUUAUGCACAACUUGUGCAGUUUCCACAUUCCUGUAGCGCAGAGAUUUGCAGUAUUAAUAAGAAAAGGAAGUUAUUUUUUAAAUAAUAUGGAUAAUUAAUAAUUAUAAUAUUUUCGUUAGUGCGUCUCGAGAGGAUUUAAACAUUCCAUUAAGAUAAAAAAUGUUCAGUAAGUAAAUUAUUUAUAAAGAAGUGUAAUAUAAUUUUAUUUCUGGCGUUUUUUUCAAUGGCAACCCUACUCAUGAUAAGAGAAUUUUCUAUAGAAGCAUAUGCAUAAGCUUUUACGAGCCUAUUUUUCACCUCUCAAUAAGAAUUACUUUCAUACUUAAGUUCAAUUAAGUUUCUGCACGACACUGAUUUCUUGCACAUAAUAUGUUCUGUCUUUGUCAGUUGACAACAUUUCAGCAUUUGUUUUGUAAGGAUAUUUAGCGAUAAUAAAGACCCACGGGAAUGGAAGUAAUUUUAAAUAUUGGCGCGAAAAAAAGUAUGUAAAAAAAAUAAAUAAAAACCCGCCAUUUUAAUUUGGUUACCAGAACCGUGGGCGUUAUGAUAUGGCCAUAACUGCUCGCCUCGAAUGACGCCAAAACCAACGAGAAUCGUAAGAAUGACGUGAAGACUGUUAAACCGGAUUAGGCUUGCACAAGUAGCGGAUAGAUGUAAUGUUAUUGUUAGGAUAAUAUCGCAGUAUUUUGUAAUUUCUUGUCAAAAAAUAUUUCUUGAGGAGCCCCGGCUCCGUCUAUACAUUGAUCUUGAUCGUUGAAAAAUUUCCUAUUUAUAUUUACGUGGCGAUACUUCGGCUGGGUCCGAGAGACCCGGGCGAUCGUAGCUGAGCUACAGUAUACUAUUUAAUAUUUAUACUACUAUUUUGUAGAUAUCAGUAUUUCUGAACAUAACUAGUCAUAGGGUAAGUUUUUAUAAGGAUAAUUUGGAUCUCAACUGCGUUUCUGUGUCGAUCUGUGACCUGUGUAGUUGUAACAGUUAUUGUAUUAUCUGUAUUCAAUAAAUAAAUCAAUGCA